AUGAGUAGAAUUGACACAUCUGAAUCGAGCAGUGCUACUGAGGAAAUCACUGCAAACGAGCAUAAGCUAAAUCAAAUAGGGGGAGACUUUUUGAAAGCAUUCAUCAAUCUAGGGCGUCGUCGUGAAAUCGAACAAGUCUUCCAAGUAGCCACACUAUUCUCCAUACUCGAAAACGAUCCAUUAGACCCUCUUUAUAAACGCAUCGAUCAUAUCAAAAAUAUUUUGAAGUACGUGUGCGCUGAAUAUGAAAGUCCAACGAAAGAGAUAAUGCGGUCAGAUCUAAAACAAUUGGUUGCCCAGCACCUCUCUCGUAAUUCCGAUGUCGCCGUUGGUGAUUCCGUCGAGGUAGGCGCUGGAACAUCCGUUGAACCUAUCAAGUCAGAUUCUCUGCGUCCGAACAAAAGGCCAAUCUCCCGCUCAGAAACAGAACCGUCCAAGAGUGAUGUACAGAGCAGUGAUGUGCCGAAAAUCUGUGUUACCCAUUAUGAACGAACGUCGUCAUCUUCCACAACAGUAGAUCAACAGUUAUUGCCACCCAAUCGUAUACUGCAUCCAUAUUUGAAUAAUCCUAGCCUCGAUCCGACAGCCGACACCGAUGUUGACUAUGGUCAGUUUUAUGAGUUUGUUAGCUCUCCAUAUCCUGAUGGAAAUCCAUGA